GUUGCAUUGGUGUGUGUGAAUUAAAACCAAAAUAUUUACAACUUUGCAAACGUUGAUUGGUGGACACGGUGUACACCCGCUACACUCUCGAAUUUUUGAGUGCUGCACUAUCUUGAGCGGUGCAGAAAAAGUGCUACACCGGUGCAGCACGAAAAUCAAAAACGAACACUUUCGGUGCAAAAGUGCUACACCGGUGUAGCUCCACCGCAAAAACGAAAACGACAUUAAACAAAUUUUGUUUUAUUUUUGUUAGGAAACAUAAAUAAAAAGAAAACUAAACAAAAUUCAGCCUAGUAGAGAUCUACUAGACAGCUACUCGAUUUCUAGUACCCUUGUCUAGUAGAUUUCUAUGAGAUAUCGACUAGAAAGCGGGCGAAAUUGUUUUCGCCCGAUUUCCCAGUGCCGAAUAUAUCGACGAAAAAUCAAACCGUCAAGCUUCGAUCAUUUUGACGUUUGCCUUUGCGCCGUGUGAGAGAAAGAGAACUUCAUCUCACCUCUCACUCAUUCAAAAUUCGAACUAGGUUUGACAGUUCGAUUUCAUUGUUCCUUUUUGUUUGUUUGUCGUGGUCGUCCCGUCGGCUGUGCCCGUCGCUGCUACCAAAGAAGGAAAACAAAAACAAAUUUUUUUUUUUUCUUUGAACUUGUCUUGACGACUGGCUAAGACCACUGGUUGGUCCAUCUUGCCAACAAAAACAAAAUGUUUGGGCCACGCGCAGUGCGUAAUUAAAUAUAAGUGCAAUAAUUAAAGUGCCUCCGCGAAUAAACGGGUGAAAAAUAGUGGAAAAUAGAAAUCCCGUUUGGUUGCAGUGCGUUAGCAGAGAGUGAUGAACGUUAAGGGGGGUGUAUUGUGGCAAGAAUCUGGCCCUCAAGUUGGAAGUGCUGAUCACUGGACCGUUCCACGGUGGGACGAAUGGCCAAAAACGUGAACUUUUUUCAGUAGCGUCUUUAAACGUGAUUUUAUCGGCAUGGUGUCUUCGGAUGAAAACUUUAUAAAAAUAGGGCGCGUCGAAUGGCGUUUAAUUUUUGUUCGCAACUUUGCCACAGGCGGCGCUGUAAAAUCCAACUUUUUUGUUUGACGUUUUUUCAAUAUGGUGUCUUCGGCAAAGUUGUAGAUAUGCUCAAUACAAAUAUCUUUGCCGAAGACACCAACCCUCUAUCUCUACAUUGCUUCAAGAUACAGACGUAUGUUAUGAAUGACCCCCCAAAAAUCGUUUUAUUCAUAUAUUUCGAAAACGCGCAGUUUUAGAAAGUUGCAAUGUUCUACAAAGUUGUGUAAAAUGUCAAAAGAAACAGCUUUGUAGAAGUGAAUAGGGUUCUAAAAUGGCAAUAGGGUUAGUUAUGGCUUUUUUUAAUUAAAAAUAGCCGUUUUUCAAGGCUUAAUAACUAUCUUGGAUGCAAAUGGAUGCAAAUCAAACCCCACUAGGUUCAAUAUGUAUUACUAUUAGUUGAAUAUCCUGAUGUUUUCGGUUGUAUCCUCGAGUAUCCUUAGCAGGGGUUCUUAAUCUUACUAGAGCCUAUUUUUGACGCUAAAACAAUAAUAUCAGUUUUUGUAUGUCAUUUAGAACCCCAUUAUUUUCUGUGAAGUGAUAAAUAUUAAGUAUUCGCAUAAUUGUAUGCUUUAUUGCACCUAUAAAAAUCAAUUAUUAUCGAAUUAUUAUCAUAUUAUUUUAAAAACACUGCAUAGAAGUGAGCUAAACCAGUCGGUCAUAUGUAUCCAAGUAAUCUCACCAGCAAGCAAAUACACAUAUUAUUUUCAGCACGUAUAAUAACCGAACAAGCAGAAAGUCAACUCAUAUUAAAUCACUACGUUUCUUAUGUCGAAUACCCAAUUACUAAUUUUCUAAUUCACUUAAAGGCGUCAACAGGCAUGAGAUUUUUUCGAUCGCUGUGAGAAUGAUCUAAAUAAAUCCUGCAUGAAUGCAAAUAAGCUUUUGUAUACAAAAUGUUUUAAUGAUUUCUAGUUAUCAAAAAAGUUGUGGAUAUGCACAACAUCUUUGAUGAAAAGUAAAGGUUCCUCUAAUCAAAAAUCAUAAAAGUUGUUUUGGGUAUGUGUUGGAAUAUUAGAACUAAUUUAGAGAAGCUGUUUCACCCUUUUACUGGCUUAAUCGAGAGUUACUUGUGCCAUGUGUCCAUUGACCUUCCAGUAUAAAUACACACACUCUCCCGCUUGUUCGGCAUCUGUCAAAUUCAUGUUGUUUCCGAUAGUUGAAAAUGCACCUUUUCAUUUCCACAAAUCAAUUUGUAGCUAUGUGUGAAAGUUGGGAAAAUAGAUACGCAAAUGAUUUCAGGUUUUCUAGACUUGCUGUUUGUUCGGCUACUAUACGUGCUGAAAAAGAAUAUGUAUAUUUCUGGCGUUCGUUUUGAAUAGGUCGUAUGUUGACUGUGGUUCCUACCCUGAUUCGACCUAUUCAAAUUGAAAGCCAGAUUUCCAUUUAUGUUUUGAACACACGAAUAAAAUUUGCUUGCUGGUGAGAUCACUUGGAUACAUAUGACCGUCUGGUUUAGCUCUCUUCUAUUCAGUGUUUUAUGAAUAAUAUGACAAUAACUCGAUAAUUAUUGAUUUUUGUAGGCGCAAUAAAGCAAACAAUUAUGCGAAUAGUUAAUAUUUAUCACUUCACAGAAGAUAAUGGGGUUCUAAAUGACAUACAAAAACUGAUAUUAUUUUUUUAGCGUCAAAAAUAGGCUCUAGAAAGAUUAAGAACCCCUGCUAAGGAUACUCGAGGAUACAACCGAAAACAUCAGGAUAUUCAACUAAUAGUAAUACAUAUUGAACCUAGUGGGGUUUGAUUUGCAUCCAUUUGCAUCCAAGAUAGUUAUUAAGCCUUGAAAAACGGCUAUUUUUAACUAAAAAAUAGCCAUAACUAACCCUAUUGCCAUUUUAGAACCCUAUUCACUUCUACAAAGUUGUUUCUUUUGACAUUUUACACAACUUUGUAGAACAUUGCAACUUUCUAAAACUGCGCGUUUUCGAAAUAUAUGAAUAAAACGAUUUUUGGGGGGUCAUUCAUAAAAUACGUCUGUAUCUUGAAGCAAUGUAGAGAUAGAGGGUUGGUGUCUUCGGCAAAGAUAUUUGUAUUGAGCAUAUCUACAACUUUGCCGAAGACACCAUAUUGAAAAAACGUCAAACAAAAAAGUUGGAUUUUACAGCGCCGCCUGUGGCAAAGUUGCGAACAAAAAUUAAACGCCAUUCGACGCGCCCUAUUUUUAUAAAAUUUUCAUCCGAAGACACCAUGCCGAUAAAAUCACGUUUAAAGACGCUACUGAAAAAAGUUCACGUUUUGGGUCAUUCGUCCCACUGUGCGUUCGCCAUGAACAGCUUAGUUUAGUUUUGUUUCCUUGCCCUGAUAUAAAGUAUAUGUAUACUGACAGGAUACCGUAUUCAAUAAAAUUACAAUUACAAAAAAAAAACAGCUGCUAUAUUCAUCAUUCGUUGCCGAAGGACAUCAACAACACAUACUUCCGUAGUAGUAUGCCCAAGAAUGACUCCCGGAUUGCUGGAGGCUCGAGGAACUCAACGGUUAUCAUCGAUCUGUUCCCGCUCAGAUUCCCGCAAAGAAGAGCGGUCAUGAUGGAGCGGGUCAAACACUAGAAUAACGUGAUCUCCGGCAAAGUUUGGUCAAUUAUGAUCACCAGCGGAAGCAGUCUACACUGCAAGCAGUGACAGCGACAGCAAUAGCACAACAACACUUCGCAGGAACAACACCAACAGCCUCCAACCAACCAAUGAUUCUCCGGAUGGACGGACUUACAAGAUCCGGGAGCAGCUCGGAGAAAAAAAUGCAGCAGCAAAAAUUGUGCCCGUCGUCUUCGGUCUUGUUUUGCGAGCCUGCUGAUGUUGGCUCCGGGGGCUCCGAAGCAAAUCCGGAAACACUCUGGAAAUACCGAAUUCAACAAACAGUUUUCAGCUGUUUUCACUAGAGGAUCGUCCGAAUCUGGUGCCACGUGAUCGUUCAUAUUCUCGGCAUCAAAAAUUAUCUCAUGGGAAUGCAACCACGCCCGAAAGACGAUGAAGUUCCACCGCGUCAGCAGCCCGGGUUUUGGCCUGGACUGGCUACCGCCCGUCGGCUAUCAUGCAACGUGAUGUCUCGGUCGGGUUGCAGCCUUACGAUCGACCACCAUUCUUUGCGAUUCAUUUGCUGCUGGCGCUGAUGUGUAGCAGUUUGAUGAUAGGUUUGCUUACGACACUGAUGGUUCCAGUCCAGUGUGAAUUGUCACGGAAUGGAUCUGUUACCGAUGGGCUCGUGGACAACUCCGCCGAAUACGACGGUCGAAAACAGGGCGAAAAAGAAAUUGGUCGGGAAGCCAUCACCAGCGGAAGCAGCAGCAGCGGCAGCAAUAGCCCAACAAGAAGCCCUUCAGGAACAACACCUACAGCCUCCGAUAAAUGAUCCUCCGGAUGAGCGGGACUUACCAGAUCCGGGAGCAGCAGCCGUUGCGAUGUGCAAGCCGUUCAGAAGGUAGACCCGAUACGACGAUCACAUGCUGGUUUUGAUUGUCUACAUUAUCCGUAUCAGUUUUGACUACUUUUUCUACUUUCUUGUUAGGGUAUGUCCAUCAAUUACGUAGACUCUUAGGUGGGACGGGGGGAGGGGUCUUGCCAAAGUCUACGCUUCAUACAAAUUUCGAAAAUUUUGUACGGAGUCUACGAGGAAGGAGGGGGUUUUCUGAGAUGGCCAAUAGGAAGUCUAAGUAGUUUAUCGACAGCGCCUUAAGCCUGGAACACAUAGCGUCCAUUCCGUCGAGGUUUGCGUUUUUUUUGACAGUUUUCCCAUGGGAAAUGUGUCAAACUACUGUCACGCAAACGCAAACGUAUGCAUUGUGUGGGGCACUUUAUACUUUGCCUCCCUCUCUUCAACCAUGAUCUUUGUGUAUAUUGUGACGCAAGCACAAUAUUGCACUGCCCAAGAAGUUGAUCAAAUUUCCCAACCGAAGCGGGAUUCGAACCCGCGGUCUCCGGAUAGGCGGUCUACAUCCUCAUACGCUAGACUUAUUGGAGACCCUAUUAGUUUUGAAUGAGAUUCAAAAACUUCAAAAUUUUAAGUUCAGGGUAAUAUUAUUAAUAAGAAGAUUUUUGGCCCGAGACUGGUUCGCCUCCGGUAACUAGUAUGAAUUGCAACAUUGAUUUUUAAAAACUUAUUCUUCUUUCUGACGUUACAACCUAACUGAGACGGAGUCCGAAUCUCACCUUCCUAGUUAUUAUUAAGUUAGGGAUUUGUAGGAAUUAUUCAAAUCUGUUUCGAGAUGCUACCGACUUUCACAAACGAUUGAGAAUAUUUUUUUAAGUUAGUAGAAUAUAUCCCAGAUGACCUUUGUAUUUCUGAGAAUCCUUAGGGAUUUUUAGGAAUUAUUCAAAUAUUUUCCGGGAUGCUACUGACAUUCACCAAUGAUUGAGAUUAUUUUUUUUUAAUUCAACGAAUAUAUCCCAGAUGGCUGAGAAUUUCUGUGAAUCCUUAGGGAUUAUCAGGAAUUAUUUAAAUAUUUUCCGGGACGCUUUUAGCUCACACAAACGAUUGAGAAUAUUUUCUUAAAUUCGUAGGAUACAUCCAAGAUGACUGUGAAUUUCUGAGAAUCCUUUGAGAUUUUCGGGAAUUAUUUAAAUAUUUUCCGGCAUGCUUUUGACUGACACAAAUGAUUGAGAAUAUUUUCUGAAAUUUGUAGAAUACAUCCCAGAUGACUGGGAAUUUCUGAGAAUCCUUAGGGAUUUUCGCGAAUUAUUUAAAUAUUUUCCGGGAUGCUUUUGACUCACACAAAUAAUUUAGAAUAUUUUCUUAAAUUUGUAGAAUACAUCCCAGAUGACUGGGAAUUUCUGAGAAUCCUUAGGGAUUUUCGGGAAUUAUUUAAAUAUUUUCCGGGAUGCUACUGACUUUCACCAAUGAUUGAGAUUAUUUUUUUUUAAAUUCAACGAAUAUAUCCCAGAUGGCUGAGAAUUUCUGUGAAUCCUUAGGGAUUAUCAGGAAUUAUUUAAAUAUUUUCCGGGACGCUUUUAGCUCACACAAACGAUGGAGAAUAUUUUCUUAAAUUCGUAGAAUACAUCCAAGAUGACUGUGAAUUUCUGAGAAUCCUUAGGGAUUUUCGGGAAUUGGGUUUUUAAAUUAAGAAAAAUGUAUCGAUAUUUUGAUUUUAUACGAAAGAGCACCUUUUUCUGAGCCACUAUGAUUUUUUUCAGAUUUUUAGAACUUUGUUUUGUUACCUAAAAUCAAUGCCAAAGAGAUUUUUUGAAAUCACCUUUUGACAGCUGGGUAACUGUUUGACAGCUCCACCCAGUACAAAAUGCGACGAGGGGUGAUCCGAAAAAUCGUUCCCAUACAAACUUCAAAUUGAUUUUUAAAUAGGUUCCCGGGCAUCAAAAUUCAUGAAAAUUUGGAUUUCGACUCAGUUUUGCAUGCAGAUUCAGAAUAUGAAAUUAUCUCAACACCACUAAAGAAGCCAAUAAUCUAAAUAUUUUCCGGGAUGCUUUUGACUGACACAAAUGAUUGAGAAUAUUUUCUGAAAUUUGUAGAAUACAUCCCAGAUGACUGGGAAUUUCUGAGAAUCCUUAGGGAUUUUCGGGAAUUAUUUAAAUAUUUUCCGGGAUGCUUUUGACUGACACAAAUGAUUGAGAAUAUUUUCUGAAAAUUGUAGAAUUCAUCCCAGAUGACUGAGAACUUCUUAGAGUCCUUAGGGAUUAUCAGGUAUUAUUUAAAUAUUUUACGGGACGCUUUUGACUCGAACAAAUGAUUGAGAAUAUUUUCUGAAAUUUGUAGAAUACAUCCCAGAUGACUGGGAAUUUCUGAGAAUCCUUAGGGAUUUUCGGGAAUUAUUUAAAUAUUUUCCGGGAUGCUUUUGACUGACACAAAUGAUUGAGAAUAUUUUCUGAAAUUUGUAGAAUACAUCCCAGAUGACUGGGAAUUUCUGAGAAUCCUUAGGGAUUUUCGGGAAUUAUUGAAAUAUUUUCCGGGAUGCUUUUGACUCACACAAAUGAUUGAGAAUAUUUUCUGAAAUUUGUAGAAUACAUCCCAGAUGACUGGGAAUUUCUGAGAAUCCUUAGGGAUUUUCGGGAAUUAUCUAAAUAUUUUCCGGGAUGCUUUUGACUGACACAAAUGAUUGAGAAUAUUUUCUGAAAUUUGUAGAAUACAUCCCAGAUGACUGGGAAUUUCUGAGAAUCCUUAGGGAUUUUCGGGAAUUAUUUAAAUAUUUUCCGGGAUGCUUUUGACUGACACAAAUGAUUGAGAAUAUUUUCUGAAAUUUGUAGAAUACAUCCCAGAUAACUGAGAACUUCUGAGAGUCCUUAGGGAUUAUCAGGUAUUAUUUAAAUAUUUUACGGGACGCUUUUGACUCGAACAAAUGAUUGAGAAUAUUUUCUGAAAUUUGUAGAAUACAUCCCAGAUAACUGGGAAUUUCUGAGAAUCCUUAGGGAUUUUCGGGAAUCAUCUAAAUAUUUUCCGGGAUGCUUUUGACUGACACAAAUGAUUGAGAAUAUUUUCUGAAAUUUGUAGAAUACACUCCAGAUGACUGGGAAUUUCUGAGAAUCCUUAGGGAUUUUCGGGAAUUAUUUAAAUAUUUUCCGGGAUGCUUUUGACUGACACAAAUGAUUGAGAAUAUUUUCUGAAAUUUGUAGAAUACAUCCCAGAUGACUGAGAACUUCUGAGAGUCCUUAGGGAUUAUCAGGUAUUAUUUAAAUAUUUUACGGGACGCUUUUGACUCGAACAAAUGAUUGAGAAUAUUUUCUGAAAUUUGUAGAAUACAUCCCAGAUAACUAGGAAUUUCUGAGAAUCCUUAGGGAUUUUCGGGAAUUAUCUAAAUAUUUUCCGGGAUGCUUUUGACUGACACAAAUGACUGAGAAUAUUUUCUGAAAUUUGUAGAAUACACUCCAGAUGACUGGGAAUUUCUGAGAAUCCUUAGGGAUUUUCGGGAAUUAUUUAAAUAUUUUUCGGGAUGCUUUUGACUCACACAAAUAAUUUAGAAUAUUUUCUUAAAUUCGUAGGAUACAUCCCAGAUGACUGGGAAUUUCUGAGAAUCCUUAGGGAUUUUCGGGAACUAUUUAAAUAUUUUCCGGGAUGCUUUUGACUCACACAAAUGAUUGAGAAUAUUUUCUGAAAUUUGUAGAAUACAUCCCAGAUGACUGGGAAUUUCUGAGAAUCCUUAGGGAUAUUCGGGAAUUAUUUAAAUAUUUUCCGGGAUGCUUUUGACUCACACAAAUGAUUGAGAAUAUUUUCUUAAAUUCGUAAGAUACAUCCCAGAUGACUGGGAUCUUCUGAGAGUCCUUAGGGAUUAUCAGGUAUUAUUUAAAUAUUUUACGGGACGCUUUUGACUCGAACAAAUGAUUGAGAAUAUUUUCUUAAAUUUGUAGAAUACAUCGCAGAUAACUGGGAAAUUCUGAGAGUCCUUAGGGAUUAUCAGGUAUUAUUUAAAUAUUUUCCGGGACGCUUUUAGCUCACACAAACGAUUGAGAAUAUUUUCUUAAAUUCGUAGGAUACAUCCCAGAUUACUGGGAAUUUCUGAGAAUCCUUGGAGAUUUCAGGAAUUAUUUAAAUAUUUUCCGGGAUGCUUUUGACUCACACAAAUGAUUGAGAAUAUUUUCUUAAAUUCGUAAGAUACAUCCCAGAUGACUGGGAACUUCUGAGAGUCCUUAGGGAUUAUCAGGAAUUAUUUAAAUAUUUUACGGGAAGCUUUGACUCACACAAAUGAUUGAGAAUAUUUUCUGAAAUUUGUAGAAUACAUCCCAGAUGGCUAGGAAUUUCCGAGAAUCCUUAGGGAUUUUCUAGAAUUGUCUCAAUAUUUUCCGAGAAAAAAUACUCGAGGAACUCCUUAAAGAAUUUCCGAGGAACUUCUGGAAGAAUGCCCGAUUAACUUUUGGAGGAAUACUCCAGGAGCUUUUGGAAGAAUUCCCGAGGAACUUCUAGAAGAAUUCCUAAGACACUUCUGGAAGAAUCUCCGAGGAACUUCUGGAAGAAUUUCCGAGAAACAUCUGGAAGAAUUCCAGAGGAACUUGUGGAAGAACUCCCGAGGAACUCCUGGAAAAAAUCCUGAGCAACUUCUGGAAGAAUUACUUAGGAACUUGUGGAAGAUUAUGUGGAAGAACUUGUGAAGGAAUACCCAAGGAACUUCUGGAAGAAUUCUCGAGGAGCUUUUGGAAGAAUUCCCCGGGAACUCCUGAAAGAAUUUAUUUAUUUAUUUAUUCAGUUUCGUCAAACAACGUAGACUAGUAUAUAUACAUACAGUUUUUGUUUCAUUUCUUAAAGCUAUAGUACAUGUUGUUAAGAAAAUACAUAUAAGAAAAUAUAUAAAUAGUGUAUGCUGGUGGAUGUGUGUAUAAUUUGUGCUUUUUAAAUAUUUUAAGUACUACUACUGAUGUUAUUUCUUAUAGUGUUAAAAUAUUUCUUUAAAUUAUGCCGCGACAUAGUUAAGUCAAUAGUUUCACAGUGUUGAUUAUAAAUGUUCAUGAUUUGAUUCAAAGGUUCAUUUUUGGCAUAGUUUGUGCGACUAUGGGUAGUUUUAAACAAGUGUCGAUUACGCAAUUGCCGUGAGGGUAUGUAAAAGUUUAAUUUUGAUAAGAUUUCAGUUGAAUCAAUUCGCUGCGAAACGAUGUCGUUAACAAAUAAAACCAUUGCAGUUUCACGACGCUGUUUCAGUGUUUGAAUAUUGAUAAGCCUACAGCGCGCUUCAUAAGAUGGAAGAGGAAAUGUGGUCCAACCUAAUUUUCGAAGAGCAUAUAAUAGAAAUUGCUUUUGUACUGAUUCUGGUUAGAUUCCUGAGGAAUUUCUGGAAGAAUUCCCGAGGAACUUCUGGAAGAAUUCCCGAGGAACUUCUGGAAGAAUUCCCGAGAAACAUCUUGAAGAGUUCCUAAGGAGUUUUUGAAAUAAUUCCCGAGAAACUUCAUUAAGAAAUCCGGAAGAAAAUCUGAAAGAAUUUCCGAGGAACUUCUGCAAAAAUUCCUGAUAAACAACUGGAAGAAUUUCCUAGGAACGUCUGAAAGAAUUUCCGAGGAACUUCUGGAAGAAUUCCCAAGAAACUUCUGGAAAAAUUCCCGAGGAACUUCUGGAAGAAUUUCUGAUGAACUUCUGGAAGGAUUCCCGAGGAACUUCUGGAAGAAUUCCCGAGGUACUUCUGGAAAAAUUCCCGAGAAACUUCUGGGAGGAUUCCGGUGGAAUAUAACGAAGAAUUCUGGAGGAACUUCUGGAAGAAUUCCCGAGGAACUUCUGGAAUAAUUGCAGAGGAACUUCUGGAAGAAUUCCCAACGAACUUCUGGAAGAAUUCCCGAGGAAAUUGUGGAAAAAUCCUGAGGAACUUCUGGAAGAAUUCCCGAGGAACUUCUGGAAGAAUUCCCGAGGAACUUCUGGAAGCAUUCCCGAGGAACUUCGGGAAGAAUUUCCGAGGAACUUCUGGAAGUAUUCCCAACAAACAUCUGGAAGAAUUCCCGAUGAACUUCGGGAAGAAUACCCGAGGAACUUCUGGAAGAAUUCCCGAGGAACUUUUAGAAGAAUUCCUGAGGAACUUCUAGAAGAAUUCCUUUGGAACUUUUGAAAGAAUUCCCGAGAAAUUUCUGUAAGAAUUCUCGACGAACUUCUGGAAGAAUUCCCGAGGAGCUUUUGAAAUAAUUCUCGAGAAACUUCAGGAAGAAAUCCGGAAGAAAAUCUUGAAGAAUUCCCGAGGAACUUCUGAAAGAAUUCCUGAUUAACAACUGGAAGAAUUCCCGAUGAACUUCGGGAAGAAUACCCGAGGAACUUUUAGAAGAAUUCCUGAGGAACUGCUAGAAGAAUUCUUGAGGAACUUUUGAAAGAAUUUCCGAGAAACUUCUGGAAGAAUUUUCGAGGAACUUCUGGAAGAACUCCCGAGGAGCUUUUGAAAUAAUUCUCGAGAAAAUUCUGGAAGUAUUCCGGAGGAAUAUCUGGAAGAAUUCCUGAGGAACUUGUGGAAGAAUUCCCGAGGAAAUUCUGGAAGAAUUCCAGAGGAACGUCUGGAAGAAUUCCCGAGGAAUAGCUGGAAGAAUUCCGGAUAAACUUCUGGAAGAAUUCCCGAUUAACUUCUGGAAGAAUUACCGAGAAACUUCUGGAAGCAUUCCCGAUGAGCUUCUGGAAGAAUGUCCGAGGAACUUUUGGAAGAAUUCCCCAGGAACUUUUAGAAGAAUUUCUGAGGAACUUCUAGAAGAAUUCCCGAGGAACUUUUGAAAGUAUUCCCGAAAAACUUCUGGAAGAAUUCUCGAGGAACUUCUGGAAGAAUUCCCGAGGAACUUCUGGAAGAAUUCCCGAGGAACUUCUGGAAGAAUUCCCGAGGAACUUCUGCAAGAAUUUCCGAGGAACUUUUGGAAGAAUUCCCGAGGAACUUCUGGAAGAAUUUCCGAGGAACUUCUGGAAGAAUUUCCGAGGAACUUCUGGAAGAAUUCCCGAGGAACUUUUAGAAGAAUUUCCGAGGAACUUCUGGAAGAACUUCCGAGAAAUUUCUGGAAGAACUUCCGAGGAACUUCUGGAAGAACUUCCGAGGAACUUCUGGAAGAACUUCCGAGGAACUUCUGGAAGAACUUCCGAGGAACUUCUGGAAGAAUUUCCGAGGUACUUUGGAAGAAUUCCCGAGGAACUUUUGGAAGAAUUCCCGAGGUACUUCUGGAAGAAUACCCGAGGAACUUCUGGAAGAAUUCUCGUGGAACUUCUGAAAGAAUUUCCGAGGUACUUCUGGAAGAAUUCUCGAGGAACUUCUGGGAGAAUUCCGUUGGAAUAUGAGAAAUAAUUCCCGAGGAACUUCUGGAAGAAUUCCCGAGGAACUUCUGGAAGAAUGCCCGAGGAACUUCUGGAAGGAUUCCCGAGGUACUUCUGGAAGAAUUCCCGAGGAACUUAUGGAAAAAUUGCGGAGGAAUAUGAGGAAGAAUUCACAAGGAACUUCUUGGAGAAUUCCGGAGGAAUUUCUGAAAGAAUUCCCGGGUAACAUCUGGAAGAAUUCCGGAGGAAUAUCUGGAAGAAUUCACGAGGAACUUCUGGAAGAAUUCCCGAGGAACUUCUGGAAGAAUUCCCGAGGAACUUCUGGAAGAAUUCCCGAGGAAUUUCUGAAUAAAUUCCCGAGUUACUUUUGAAAGAAUUCCCGGCCGGGAACAAACGUAUUUUGCUUUUCCUAAGAAUGGCAAGCUUUUUUUUUCUGGAAUCCUAAGAAUCAUUUUGGUAUACCCAAGAAUCAUAUUCUGUCGAAAUGCUCAGAUAUAAAAAGAUUCUUUUUAAUAAUACCAGAUCUCCAGUUUAUUCGUGAAAUCUUUAUGUACAUUUCCCCCUGUAUCUCAAAGAAUUACCAACUCUUCUCUCGAGACCCUCACGAAAUGUUAAGAUACUUUUAAGAUACUCUUAAUUCACCCAAUAUAUUAUUUUAAAUAAAUAAAUAAAUAAUUAAAAUAAAGUUUCUUGCAGGUUUUUUGCUUUUUUAAUCAUUGAGCACCAACAUUUCAAAAGCUCGUAACCGUUUUUGUAAACAAGAGCAAUCGCGCUAUUGUUUACAAAAACAGUUACGUGCUUUUGAAUUGUUGGUGCUGAAAUCUCAAAAUCAAUACAAAAAAGAAGAAGAAACCCCGUUAAAACAGCUUGACAAGGGUUCGACGUUCUAGCUUGACAUCAGGCUUACGUCAGUCUGAUUCGUCGAACUUCAGCUCGCGUGUUCGAAGCCCGACAGCUUGACGCAAACGGUGCAGAAUCGUUUGACAUCAGACUGACCGUCAGUCUUACAUCAGUCUGAUGUCAAGCUCUGUAAGACUGACCGUAAGACUGAUGUCAGACUUACGUCAGGCUUACGAAAUGCACUGGGUUGAGGUAGACAAAAAUGUUGCACUGGAGGAUGAUUUCUAUGCGACUGGUAGUACAUAUCUGCUUAAGAACAAACGUCAUGAAAUCUCGCUUCAACAUUGCAUCAAAACUUCAAACGCACAAAUCUCAAGAAACAAGCUUCAUACAACAAUGCAUUUUGCGGUUUCUUUUUUCUGCCAGCUUACGCUGUGCGCGCGUUUUGUUUCUCGGUCGUUCACUUUUGCUACACUUCUCGCCGGUGCUAUCUGUGCAGUUGGAAUAGCAUCAAAUCGAUACGCGAAAUGACUGUUAAUGUGAUCAAUACCGUCCAGUUUCGUUUUCCGCCGGGUAGUCCACCACCGACAUGGGCGGAAAUUGCAACGUUCUUGCAGCAGCUGGACAUGGAUUUAAUGAUGGUGGAAUCCACCUACAAGACAGCCCAGGAUCGAUCGCUGUUUGUUAAAUUUAAGUCCCUGGAGGCAAUGAACGAGUCGUUGCAUAAAAACGCGGAGCCCCGGCAAUUCGCAUAUGCAAAUGGAAAGUCAGUAGAAGUAAGAAUGUCGAUCGCGGGCGCUAACAUUCAGUACGUCCGUGUGUUCGACCUACCACCGGAACUGCUGGAUGAUAGUUUGUCUUCGAUACUCGGAGAGUUCGGAAGAGUGGAAAAUGUGGUACGUGAAAAAUUUCCGGCAGGCCUGGGCCUCGAUCACGUUUACUCCGGAGUAAGAGGGGUAUACAUGGACGUGGCAAAGAAGAUUCCACCAUCGAUAAGUGUCGACGGUAGAACUGGACGAAUUUUUUACGAAGCUUUGAAGGACACUUGCUUUCUGUGUCAGGAAUUGGGGCACCGGAGAAACUCAUGCCCCCAGCGGCAGAGUCGGAACAAGAAGAAGAGUAAAUCGCAAGUAACCUCUGGGCCCAGCUCGUAUGCUGACAUCGUCUCAGGAAAGGAAACGGUUGCAGAGAAACAGACGAACUUGGAAGUACUGGAUGAGGAUAUCAUUGAAGUUCUGGAGGAAGACGAAGACGAGGAAUAUAUCGAUCAGACGACGGAGGUGCCAGCAGUGGCGCAGGUGAAGCAAACCGUGGAUGGUGUACGUGAGGAAUCUGAAAAAGAACAGCGGCGUAAGAAAGGAUUGGAAACAUUGGAGGAGGUGGCCAAGGCUAUCCAUGAAGCGGUGCUGAACUCACAAGCCAGCCAACGGCGAGCCCAAUUCGCGGCUUCAGGCUCUGGUUCAGGUUCCAGUUCUGGUUCCGGACCAAGAAUGAAAGUGCCGCGUAGGACUCGCUAUUGAUUAUGUUUCUAUAGCUUUUAGAAUAACAAAUUUAUAUUGUUGACCAAGAUUUGCGGCUCUGUAGAGUUUUUUAGUAAACAAUCGAGCCUAUACAAAUAAACAAAUUGAAUAAAAAAAAAAAAAACAAUGCAUUUUAUUAUUCUGUUCUUGCUCACUUGUAAUUCAAGAGCAAAUUUUCAAUACGUCCACACUUAGAAAAUAGAACCGAACUCGGUUCAAUUUCAACCGAGUUUUUAUCUGCUGAACGCUCGGUUCCUCGCUCGGUUCAAAACUUUACAACCGAGUUUUCGGUAGACGUUCUUUGUCAUAGAAACGUCAAACUUACCGAAAAAACUCGGUCGAAAAGUCUGAUUCAACCGAACAUUCAGUACAAUUUAUUAUUACCGAGAGCUGUCAAACCAAACGAAUUUCGGUUCUUUUUAUUAGUCCUGCAUUUCAUUCAUAGUAAUUUCCAAGGUAAUUUCAGCAUAAAGAAUAAAAACAAAUUCAUAAUUGGAGAAAACAAUGAUUUAUUACUUGCUCCCAAUGUUUAAAACACACCUAUUUUUAAAUACAAUUUUGCACAUAUUUUGUUUGUUCGUACAUGCCGCAGAUUGGAUGAGCAACCAACGGGUAAAGCUUCAUCUGGUGAAAAAACUUACAUGCCAUUUCCUAUGCGGUUUCUAAAAAAGCUUGGGAAUUACGUUGUUGCUGGUUCGUCUGUGGCCUUUUUCUGGAGAUUGUUCGUGAGCUGAAAACACACGUCUUCAAUCAAUAUAGAUGUUAUAAAAAUAUAAUAAAAACAAAUUUUCUCACCUAUUUCCUCUGCGAUUGUAAUUUACGAUCCGAAUGCAAGGACCUUCACUUCAGAAACAAACAUGGCCGAUUGGUUUGCGUAGUCAAACCAAGUGCGCAACCGACUUUUCGGUUGAAGUAUCCGACGUGAAGUUCACCGCAUUUGACGUUUGAACAAUGCUUGGUGUUUUGUUUUGCCUCGAUUUACCGAGUUUUCUCGGUAUGUUCUACCGAACUCGUACCUUUUGCUGCUUCACCGAUGGUUUCGGUUCAACUGACAAUCAAAUAGAUGAAAGUAUACCGAAAAUCUGUUGCCUUUCAAAACAUCAGGAGCAAAACGACAUUUUGAAGCGAUCUUUUCGGUUCCCCAUUAUAAACCGAUGCUGGUCGGUAGAAAAAUGAACCGAGUUCGGUAAUAUUUUUUAAGUGUGUCCUAAGUAACAUUUUGGUUUUAUCGAGAAAAUCGAUAUCAAAGUUUUGGUUUUCAUUUUCAAUUCCAAUUUAACAACCAAACCGAAAUCAAUAUAAUGAAUACUCGCAAACGACAUCAGAUAACAGCAUUUAUUGCUUCUCAAUGCGAGAUAUGGAUAAAGUUCAAAGAAACAUUAGUUUUUUGCAUUAAAACAAUUCUACGUCGUUUAGUGCCAGAAAACAUAAAUAGGACAUUUUGUUAAGUCCUUCUGAAACAUCUCGGUUACUUUCGUCGGGUGCGUUACGUUGCGUUACGCGAAUUUAUGUUGCUUUCGUCGGUGUGUUUACGUCAUGUUGCCAGCUGUCAUGUUGGUUAAGUCAUGUUACUUACGUCGUUGUGUUACUUACGUCGUCCGGAAGCAUUCAUGAAUAAGCUCCUGAAGGAAUUGCUGGAGAAAUCUAAGAAGGAAUCCUCGAAAGAAUUCCUGGAAAAAUUCCCGAAGAAAUUCCUGGAACAAUCCUCGAAAGAAUUCCUGGAGGAAUCCCUGGAGAAUUUCCUGGAGGAAUCCCUGGAGGAUUUCCUGGAGCAAUCCCUGGAGGAAUUCCUGGAGGAAUUCCUGGUGGAAUUCCUGGAGAAAUCCUUGGAGGAGUUCCUAAGGAAUUGCUGGAGGAAUCCCUAGAGAAAUUCCUGGAGGAAUCCCUAGAGGAAUUCCUAAAGGAAUCCCUAGAGGUGUAACAAUCCGUUCCGUUUCGCCAAGAUAACGGCUUAAGCGCCACCUUCAAAACGAAGGACCGUUACCUCUGAUAAUAUCCCGGCAUGAGAACUCCUGCUCAGGGCAGGCCUCACAGUUCAGUAGGAACCUCUUCUUACCAAUGCGAUCCCAAACGACGCGACUCAAACAAACCAAAUCAAUCCAAAAUUCUGAAAAAUGAAAUUAAAAUGUUGUUGCUAAUUUAUUUGGAAGCUCUCAAAUACUGAGCGGUAGUGAAAGGGUUAAUUCGGAGCUCUAUCCAAUUCGGUGAUGAUCUGCAAAUAACGGCCACGGUCUGGUAGAAUGUUUUUAUUAUGAAUUCAAUUGGAAAUCAAAAAACUUUUUUUGAGAAAAAUAUUUUUGCUAAUUUUGAGUUGUUCUGCUAUUCUGCUAUUCUGCUAUUAUCAACGCAUCCCCUGGCUUUCGCCCAUCUGCGUUGUCUUUUCACUAGGCAAUACGUCUACUAAUUGAUGCUUAUGGGCUUGCCGGACCAAGUCAUGUAGCUAAGCCAAACACCCCACCUACAACUGUUGGAUAGGCACCAUUGUCCCGCCCACUGGUCUUUUACAGCUAGUUGUAGAUGCAUGUGUGCGUGUAAGUAUUGGUGUAUGUGUGUUAGUGUUGGUGUAUUGUAGGCGCCAACUCGUUCUAAUCCACUCUGAUUGCUAUCGCCCUAUUGAACCAUUACCCUUAAAUCUGGUAAUCUAUGAAAUAGAAUGAGUUAAGCGCCUGUACAUAAUAGUCAAUUAAUCAAACAAGGAAUAUUAGUAUUAAAGUGCAGAUACAAUGAAGCAACGCCCCGGACCUCGAGAGCACAAACCCCAAGAACCAAAUGACAGGCUGCGCGAACAGUCGAUCGACUAGCCAUCACCAGUGAAUAACCAAUCGAGCAAACCCUCCAGCACAAACCACCACCAGCUCUUCCGACCUGCGCCCAACAGAUCCGAGGCACAGCCCAGCCAUAGCUUCACCUUAAAACCAAAAUGUAGAUUGCAGAGCAAAUACUUCCCAAAUAACCACGCAGCUCGGGCCGCAAAUCACGCACAACACGUCACACAUAAGACAAACACUACCCCGCCCGUACAACCGAAACCGAUCUAGGGUAGAGAAGGGUCUCUUUCCACUCCAACCCGGACUCAACUGCAUCCACAGGGUAGCGCACCCCACACACACUGCACUCAUGCAUCCACCACGACCCGAGCCGCACGGUCACCUGGGUUGCUUCUAUCUGCAUGACCUCACCCAACCCGUAACGCAGAGUUUAAAUCCCUCUCUUGCAUUACAAAGCAGUCCCUCUUCCCAAAGUUUGUGCGUGGUAUAAAUGAGAUUAUAAAGCUGAAGAAAUCGUCACCAACACAACCGCCAACAAUGACCACUCAAUGGUGUCGGCAGAAUCAAUGACGACCCCCUCAGUCCCAAACCCAAUUAUCCUACACUACCCAAGUAACCACUCUGUUGAAGCCGUAAGCACCGCACGCACAAAGCACACACACACCGACACGCACCGCCUAAACAAACCACCUAGGCCGAACACAAGCGAAAAGCGGCGCCACCACUGUUGAACCACGACUAUACCAGUAGGUAUAAUCGCAAUUCAGCAAUCGUAGAUCCAUUCCCCACUCCUACUCAGCCCUGACGAUCCAUAGCAAUGCUUGUCAAUAUAUACACCCCACACACGCAACCCCAACAACCCGACAGUAUGGUCACUUGAGUAUCCCUGGGAUUUUGAUUACAUGAUGGUCAGGGAUCACAGCCAUCAAAACGUUCCACACUUUGCCAGGGCUUGCGACCUGUAACCAUGUUGAUUUCCGCUAUGGGAAACCAUGAUGGCUAGCGGUGUUAUUUUUGCUAAUUUUGAGUUGUUUACAACAUACAUCGGAAGUGACGUAUAUGAUAAUGCAUCAUUGAACGCACACAGCGCACCCCACCCGGUACUGAAAAAAAGUGUCGCUAGUCGAAAAGUGUCGCUAGUCAAAACGUCGCUAUUCGGUUUGGUGCUGGCGCCAUAAUACUAAGCUCGAAGUAAUCAAAAUUUUAUUUAAAAACCAAGAAAACGAAAAAAAAACUAUUAAAAAGGCAAAUUUAAUGAGUUUUACAAGUUCUCAUUUCAGUCAGUUUCGAUUCCAUAGAACGAUUCUGAAUCAAAUACAACUGGCUACUGACCGUGUGACGUCACAUUCGAGCUCAUUCAAUUCUCAUCAAAAAACUCUUCUUUAUACGUUGCGCAAUCGUAUCUUACAGCUAGGUCUGACCUUGAAUUUUCCGUCGAUACGCUGCUCCACGUCGUUCGCAGUCGAGCAGUCUCUCGAAGCCGAGCCACAAUAUGACGAACCAGCCAGUAAUGGAAAACAGUGAGAAAUGCAGCUGAGCAGACACAAACGCAAAGCUAACUUACUCGUGAACAACAGAAGCCUGAAUAUAUUCGCACUUCCUUCACUCGCGAGCUAACGAAGCUGGUCGCACUCGUGAUUGAUUCGCGAAGCAGCUCUGAACAUUUUUCAUUUUUGUGAAAAAAAAUCGGAAUUACACGGCCGACACCUUUACUUUUCAGGAACAAUGAAGCACAAAACACUACUAUCUGAUGGAUAAUUACUUGUUUUGCUAUUAAAAUCGCACUAAAAUACAAUUCCUGCAUCUCCACUUGUUCUUCGCGAAUAAAAGUUCAUGAGUGUUUUUGUUUUUGUUUUGCUUCAUAUUCAUGAAUCAAGCGGGUGCGAAUAAACUCACACAAGGCUUACUCUCGGCACCGUGAGUAAACCGUUUGUUGGUUUUCCACUCGCGAGUUGAUUCACGAUGAGAGUGUUUCCAUCUCUGCCUCCAACGUAGUCCGAUGAGCCAACUCGUGCGUGGGUAGGGGUGAGGUAGAGGUGUCCUCACGCUUGGUGGAGAUUCGAGCAGGUUCUGCGAAGCUCGGUACCACACGUCUUGGCGCGACGAGUUCGGGUUUCUCGGCUCACCGUAUUCACCACACUCGAGCGCGAAGUGGUCGACUAUCAAACGGAAGCUCGCAGUACCACAGGUGGUUCCGGUCUCGGCUGCACUCGGGAAAAAUCCAGCUAGGAUAAGCCCUAGAUAAACCGCCCACGUUAGAUGGGCAAGGCCUGUUUAACGUGGUCACAAUUAUUUCUCACUCGCUUUUGGGUCAAAUGGCUCACCAGCUUACCUGAUUCUAACCCUUAACUUUCACAAAUUUCAGGCUUUCUCAACGAUUUUGCUAACCAACUCACUAAAUUUACUAAAUGUUAAAAAUAACUUCAAAUUAUUUGGAACUAUUACAUAAAAUCCGCGCACUUACUUCGAAUUUAGCACUGUAUGCACCAACUUUAAUUAUUUUUCCAACUUUUUUUUCAAAAACUCGGUUGCCUUUAACACUCCACCAGAAAAGAUAAAUUGAUCGCGCGACGAGUUGGAUCGAGCUAUUUAUUAACUCGCAGUAACUACCUUUUUCUAUAGUGCCUUUGUGUUCUUUUGAGAUCAGUCGUAGAGAGUAAUUUUCCACUGGUUUUUUUAAUCUACGCAUCAGGGAAUUUUCCUAUAUGGAAAUUUCCAUCACUUACCGUUUUUGAAUUUAUUUGGUUCAUUCGCCUUAAUGUAGGCUAUUUUAUUUACAUUCACGCAGAAAAAAGCAUGGUAAAAUCAAAAAUAUUCCAGGUAAACUCAAAUAAAUUGUCAAUUUGUUCUGGCAACAAAAAUAAAACUGUUUGAAGCAAAUAGAACGUCACAUUUGAAGCAAAUUCAAUCCAUUUUUGAAACAAACAUGUAUCUUCUGACUGGUUAUGUUAGAAACAAAUGUAAAUUUUUUUUGUUUUUUUUUGUGGCAGGUCGGCCUACGGAAAUAUUUGUUUUCCAAUUAUAUUUACAAAAUUAAUUCCUUCUCUAGGAAAAUCCACUUCCCGCGUCCCGCGUGGCACUUUCAAUGCCAACAUCAUGUAGAUAACAUACGCUCCCGAAAUCAAUGGGAUUUCGUGGAAACUUUUGGUGAAACUUGCCUUUUUUGCAAGAGGAAAACUUGUUUGGUGAUGCAGCUGGAACUUGAGAGUUUUGUUUAUGUUCUCGACGGCGGAUCGGGGGGCUCUUCAAUGGGUAUUGUAGAAAUCAAUAUGUAAUUGAGUUUGUUUUAAAAAUUAAUAUUUUAGUUUUAAAUAUUUUAUCAGUUUACUGAAUAAACAUGAAUAUUUUUGUUUCAAACGAACGAAAUUUGUCUCCGUGUUACUCGAAACGCGAUAUCAAGCUAGAGUCCCUAUAAUUAGAGUCUGGCGGACUGUCACUUUCGACCAGAGCCAAUCGAGCAUGACGUCAUAGUGUCCUCACCGAUAAAUGCUACACCGUGACGUCAUGCUCGAUUGGCUCCGAUCGAAAUCUUCUAAAACGUAGGUGCUUGUUCCUAUUCUUUCCUUUACCCGAGCCUUAGAGAAUUUGUUGCCGAAUUUACCCACGUAGUCCUUAGCCUUAUCUGACAGGUGAGUAUUUUUACGAUAGACGAUGUCUCCCUGAUUAAACUGAUGUCGCGCAUUAGAACGAAGAUUGUAUGGACGGGAAUAUCGUUCGUAUGCUCGAUGCAGAUUCAUUCGGACGACCUCGUAAAGUUUCUUUAUGUCUUCACUCACCCUUGUAGGGUCGUAUUCUACAUCUGGAGCCAGUUUCCUGAGGUGAUCGUACUCGCUGCCAUUGCUCACCAUGUGACGACCAAAAUUGAUGAAAUAAGGGCUGAAUCCAGUGCUCUCAUGUACGCUUGUCCUUAUUGCCAUGGCGAUAUUAGGGAUCGAAUCAUCCCAAUUUUUGUGAGAGAGCUGUUUGUUAAGAGCACACCUUAUGGCCGUGACGAUCACGCGCGGUUAACGCGCUCCGUGGGAUUUGGAGCGGGAUGGUAGACGGGCAAUAACCAAUGGGUUACCUUGUACUUUCCAAGCAGUUUGAGGAAUUGGUUCGAUUUGAAUACUUGCGCGUUAUCCGAUAUCAGUGUAGAGGGUGCACCGAACAAUGUAAACACCAUAGUUUCAAGGAAUAAGCAUACUGCGGGAGCGGUUGCGUUUCUCAUACACUGUGUGAGAACAAACUUUGAAAAAAAAUCGCUCACAACUAAGACCCACACGUUUCCGUGCUUUGUCCUCGGAUAAGGACCAAGGAAGUCCACCGAAAUUACUUCCCACGGCCUUGAACACUCCUUAGGCUUUCCGCAUGGGGGCCGAACGUUUAUAUUAGGUGUCUUCGACUCUCGGCAAACCUCACAAGCGUGGCAAAAUCUUUUGAUGUCACUGGACAUUCUGGGCCAAUAGAAACGUUCGCGGACUUUACAGAGCGUUUUUAGGUAUCCAAAGUGUGCUUCCUCAUGAAUAUCCUUCACAACCUUUUGCCGUUCGCAUAGAGGAACGACAUAUUUCCAGCGAAACACGGGAUCUUCGGCUACAGUCCCGUUUGUGAUAAACUUGUAGACUUUAUCCUCUAUGAUCUUGAAAUCUUUAUAUUUUUCCGGACACCGUUCAAUCUGCGACUUAAGUCCAUCCACGUAGGGAUCCCAUCCUAAAACAUCUACUAUUUCAACUCCUCGAGAAAGGGCAUCGGCUGGUAUGUUUUCAGCACCCUACUUGUAUUCCAACGUAAGGUCAUAUUUCGCGAGCUUCAGUGCCCACCGAGCAAUACGAGGCGACUUUGACUCGAUAGACAUAGUGCGUAAGAACGUCAAGCUCAUCGCAUCCGUUUGUUUAACAAACCUGGUGCCUUCAACAAAAUGUUUAAAAUUCUCUAUGCUGAGUAAGACGGCCAGGCACUCGCGCUCAGUUGCACUGUACCGACGCUGAGUGCUUGAGA